AUGCUCUCCCUCAUCGCACUUUUUAUGGUUAUCAUAUCGACAUUUCUCUUGUUCCUCAGAUACUUGUUCUCGGGUGACUCCUCGUCACUGUUAUCUGCUAUACCAACAUCCCAUUUUCUGGCACCGUACACAAGAUACUGGUUAGUCUGGCUCAAAGGAACAGGAUGUGAGCAUCGUGUCCGACAUGCAGCCCAUGCACGCCUUGGGCCCAUUGUCCGUAUCGGGCCCAAUGAAAUCAGUGUCACCUGUAUUGAAAAUGGCGUUCAAACCAUCUACGGCGGGAGUUUUGAAAAAGCCGCUUGGUAUCUCAAUUUCCAAAAUUAUGGCCAGCCUUCUAUGUUUGCAAUGGGCCACAAUAAACCUCAUUCUGAAAGGAAGUGUAUGCUUACUCACGUCUGUUCCAAGUCCUAUAUCCAGAAUUCGCCAGAGUUGAAUGAGAUUAUUCAUCAUGUGCUUUCGGAAAGGCUACUUCCCAAAAUGCGCACUUGGGCAAAGAAUGGUGUCCCGAUCAACGUACAUGAGGAGAACAAAGCUUGUAUCAUGGAUCUCACCACUGCAUACUUCUUUGGACUUGGAAAUGGGACCAAUUUUGUCCAGGACCCUGCGCAGACGGCCUUGCUCAAAAACUUUGAGCUGGGAAUGAGUGGACUCUUCUGGAUUGCUGAAGUACCUGGGAUAACAAAGUUGGCUGGCAUUUUUGGAAUAAAACUCAUCGCUGAUGGUGUAUUCCAAUCAUAUCAGCUGAUGGAAGACCUAUGUACGAACAUGUGUAAGAGUGCUAAAUCUAAUCUUUCUAAUGAGAGCACGAAUAAGGCCCACCCAACAGUUUAUGCCCAACUUCGGUCAAAGCUUGAGGAGGCGAAGAUUCCGUCCGAACUAUUGGAUGUGACUAUUGUAGCGGAGAUGCUGGAUCAUAUUCAGGCUGGACAUGAAGGCACGGGCAUUACUCUCACCUUUUUAAUGUGUGAGCUUUCUCGCAACCCCACCUUGAUGGUACAGCUCCGUGAGGAGCUUGCGACCCUCGGAACAAGUCCCUCGGCACAAUCGAUUGACAAUCUUCCACUACUUGAUGCUUUGCUUAUGGAGACCAUGCGAUUGUAUCCUGGAAGCUUUGGCCCUGCUUCGGUCUAUUCUUUGCAUAGAAAUCCCAAGGUGUUCCCCGACCCUGAAGAAUGGCGUCCCGAAAGGUGGAUUGAAGCUUCAGGAGAGAAAAAGAAAGAGAUGAUGAAGUGAUUUUGGGUGUUUGGAAGUGGUGGCCGAAUGUGUAUUGGCAAUCAUUUAGCUAUUUGUAGUGAGUCUUCCCUCUGACAAACGUCUACUUGCCAUACUGAUAUUGCGAAGUGAUGAAAGCUUUUGUUGUGGCUGUGUACAGAGAGUUUGAGACUUUGAUGCUUCCCGGAACUAGAAUCGAGCAGGUUGACGGAUUGAUGGGUGCCCCUGUAGGCUAUAGAGUGAUGUUGGGAUUUCGAGAAACCCCUUCGCAUGGGUUGUGAACAGAAGUGCAUAACAAAUAUUGUUAUCCUCUUAAUUUCGAUAUACACUUUCUACCGUACUCAGAAAUUUCUCGAAUACCUAUUUCGUCUAUCAAUGCAAGUGAUGUAAAGUCAUGGAAACGCCUCACACGUUAAGCUUGAUGUUUUAAUUCAUUUAAUACUUUUCACUUGCUUCACCUUCU